ACGGUGCUCGAAGGCGAGGACCGGGGUGCUGCCCGGGGGGUGCGUGCUGUCAGAACGUCCUUAAGAGGCGGGGUGCAGUCGUGGGAGGUGCCCGGGCAGGUGGAGACCGGCGCCCGGCUGAGCCCUGCGCGGGACUCGGCGGUGACAGACGCGUUUUGUGGAACUUCACGGUGACCCCAUUACUUCUCUUGAUGUUUUCCAAAACUGGCGAGAGGAAGCUGAGCGGGACUCCUGCACGGUGAUUUUUUUGGGGAGGGGUCACAAAAGCCUUUGAAGAGCUUUGUAAAGUUAUUGAAUAAUGGCAGAAGCAGUGUUAAUUGAUCUCUUUGGCUCGACAUUGAACUCUCAGAAAAACUAUUACCAGACAUUACUGAAGACAUUGAAUGCUGUUCAAUACCAUCAUGCUGCCAAGGCCAAGUUCCUUUGCAUAAUGGGUUGCAGUACCAUCAGCUGUGAAAGGAGCUGUGACCAUGAUACUUAUGAAUUAGAAACAAGCAAUGGAUUAUCAGCAAUCUUGAGAGAAUUUGAGACUGUUAGCAAUCCUAGCAUGGCUGCCUCUUUGUAUACCAUUAAACAAAAAAUUGAUGAAAAAAAUUUAAGCAGCAUUAAGGUAAUUGUACCCAUGUACAGGAAGCCCUUAAUGAAGGCUUUUAUUGAUCAACUCUUCACUGAUGUUUACAAUUUUGAGUAUGAAGAUUUACAGGUAACUGUGAAGGGAGGUCUUUUGAAGCAGUCCACUGAAAUAAACGUGAUCACAACUCAAGAACUAGAAGCUGUACAGAAUGAAAUAGAAACAUAUUUGAGAAGUCUGCCUGCACUGAAAGGAGAAUUAACCAUUAUCACAUCUCCUUUGAUCUCAGCAGAUAUUUUCAUACAUGGAUUUACUACAAGAACAGGUGGGAUAUCUUACAUACCAACUCUCAGUUCAUUCAACCUCUUCAGUAGUUCCAAACGGAGAGAUCCCAAGGUAGUUGUUCAAGAAAAUCUGCGUAGGCUGGGGAGUGCUGCAGGAUUUAAUGUGAAGAAAUUUUACCGAAUAAAGACUGAUCAUGCCAGUGACGUCUGGGUUAUGGGAAGGAAGGAGCCUGAAUCUUAUGACGGAAUCACCACAAAUCAGAGAGGAGUCACGAUAGCAGCUCUUGGUGCUGACUGUAUACCGAUAAUUUUUGCAGAUCCUGUCAAAAUAGCAUGUGGGGUUGCUCAUGCUGGUUGGAGAGGUACUUUGUUAGGUGUUGCUAUGGCUACCGUGAACGCUAUGAUAGCAGAAUAUGGCUGUAGUUUGGAAGAUAUUAUUGUUGUACUGGGACCUUCAGUAGGACCUUGCUGUUUUACUCUUCCAAGGGAAUCAGCAAAGGAAUUUCAUAAUCUUGAUCCUGAAUGUGUGCGGCUAUUUGACUCAUCAAAUCCCUAUGUUGACAUUCGUAAAGCCACCAGGAUUCUUCUAGAACAGGGAGGAAUUCUGCAACAGAAUAUUCGGGACCAAGAGCAAGGUCUGAACCUCUGUACAUCCUGCCAUCCUGACAAGUUCUUCUCCCAUGUCCGAGAUGGCUUUAAUUUUGGUACACAGAUUGGCUUCAUAUCAAUUAGAGAAUGAGACACUUGACUGGAUUUUUGUGUAAUUGUUUCCUGCCUCCUUCCCAGCUGACUGACUGCAAGAGAGAAAUUUGUUUGAUUUACUUGAUACCGAAAAGAUUACAUUGGACAAUUCAUGUUUAGGGUAAAUUUUCGCUAUUAUCCAAAGCCAAAUAAUUUUCUUUGUGAUUCUAACAAUAACUGACAAAAAGAAAAACCAGUGGGACGUGGCUUAUACAUUUUAUAUAGGUGAGCAUUAUUCUUCAAGUUUGUUAUUUCUUUGUUACAUAAAUCAAGACUAGGUCCAUCAAUUCAGUAUUUAUUAGGUACUCUCUAUCAGUCAUUGUGUGGAGCUUGGGUGAAAUAAAAAUGAGUAAGACUUUUUCCCUGUGAGUGUGAUGCAGUAGAAGAGAGAAGCACUUCUAACACUUAAAUUUAAUAUUAAUAGCAGUAGAAGAGUACAGAAGCAAGGAUUAAUGCUAUCGAGAAGGCAGGAUAGAAAAGAUAUUGCAGAGGAAAUGACAGAUCACAUGGGCCUGAAAGAUGUACAGGCUUUUGACAAAAAUAACCACAAUAGAUUGAGGGAACACCAUGAACUAGGACAUGAAACUGAAAGUUUAUAAUAUGUUCUAGUGAAAGAAUGGUGCGGACAGGAGCUACUGGAUAAAUAAUUUGGAAACAGAUUAGUUAGAGCAGCGGUUCUCAACCUGUGGGUUGCAACCCCUUUGGGGCUCGAACGACCCUUUCACAGGGGUCACCUAAGACAUAAUAGUAGCAAAAUUAC